AUGCAUACCGAAAGUGAGUUGCUCUGUGUUACUUCGAGCAUAAUUCUUAAACUGUUAAUAUUUUGUGUUGCCGGUAUAUCUGGAGAAGCAUUGCCAGAAAAACAACUAUGUUCAGAAGGAGUUUGUGUUUUUUCCUAUCUGUGUGGAACAAUAAUUGAGCAGGGUGAAGGUCUAAUUGAUGUUCGCCUCGAAAAUACCGAAUGCCCCUCGGAUAUGGUGUGUUGCAAGCCGCCAAACGAAGCCCCCGCGGGUGAAGCUCAUUGCGAAGGAAUUUGUGUUCCUUUUAAUCAAUGCAUGCUUGGUGAUGAGAAGUACAAUAUUGAUCUUCGACUUGACCAGAAAGACUGCAGUGAAAAUUUGGUAUGCUGCCAUUCAAUGUUAAUGGAACACAAGGAAGAUGAACAUCAAGACCGGUGUGAAGGAAAGUGUGUUCCCCCAGUACAGUGUCUCAAUACAACAUCCGACAGUGCCCAAUAUGAUUUGAGAAGUUACGAUCAUACUUGUCCUGUUGAUUUAGUGUGUUGUCAGGAGUUUUCGUUUGAAACAACAAUAAAUAACGGCCUCCAAAGAGAUUGUCAGUGUGUGCCAUUUUUCGAUUGUUUAGACGAUGUGAUUAACACUGCAAGUAUGAUAAAUUUAAGACUCUCUGAAGACGAAUGCCCUAAUGAUCAAAUAUGUUGUAAAAACCCACGGCCCAUUAGUAGUAACAACAACCAGUUUCACUGUAAAGGAAUGUGCGUCCCAAUAAAUCAGUGUCCAAAUGUAUUAUACAGCCUAAUUGAUUUGCGUAGUAACGCUGAUUGUGCCCAGGAUCAAAUAUGCUGUGCUAUGAACGUUCAACUACCCCAAGUUUGUGACGGAACAUGUGUACCUUUUGAUCAAUGUCUCACACCUGGACAUUCUGAAAUGAUUCAAUCGGGUAGUAAAAACACGUGUCCUCCAGAUUUAUUCUGUUGUCCGGAUAGUUUUCCCACAAUUCCAGACAUGAAUGAAGAAUCUGGAACAUGCCAAUGUGUUUCGCCAUCACAAUGCGCGGAUCAUGGCAUCGGUGACAUUAAAGACCUCGAUCUGAGAACUGCCGGCUGUUCCUUCGACCAAAUUUGUUGUGUCAAUAUUCGGGAUCAGAAAAAUAAUGAGGAGAAAAAUCAUUGCCGUGGUUCGUGUGUUCCCGAAUAUCAAUGCAGAACUAAGAAUACGGCAGAUCGGUUGGACCUUCGAAUUGGUGAAGAGUGCCCGAAGCAAACGAUAUGCUGUGAAGCAACAGAUUUGAUAUUAGCAGUCAAUUAUACCUGUGAAGGAACAUGUGUACCCAGUGGCGAAUGUUCAACAGUUAUGGCAAAAGAUUCGAUUGAUUUGCGCUAUGGAGAAGCCUGUCCCAAAGGAUUAACCUGUUGCAAGGAUUCUCUGAAGCUGCCCCAUGCAAUUUGUGAAGGAACCUGCGUACCAAUCUCUAUGUGCCAUGAUUACACUCAGCAUUUUGACAGUUGUUCCAAAGGGAAAGUUUGUUGCAGAAACGUUACGUUUGCAGCGGAAUAUGCUCCAAACUUAAACGUUUGCCGCGGUACUUGUGUUACACUUCAGCAGUGUAACGACUAUAUAAUUGACAACACAGAUUUCCAAGGGAACAUCCGCCGCCAAAUUUUCGAUAACGGUUGUCCUGAGAGUUUAGUAUGUUGUGAAAGUUUUUCAAAACAACCCGGUCCCGAAGUCCCGUGGACUCAAUGGAUCACGGAUACCAACAAUAUGAUCGAUCAAGACAGUAAUAGAGUGAACAAGUCGUGUCUAGUGAACUUAAAUACCGACAGAUACAAUGAUGGACAGCAAGAGUUCUCUUGGGUGGUAACGGUUUGGAGAAAACAUGAGACUGCACAAGAAGAGUAUCGUUGCGUUGGUACACUGAUUAAGUCCGAUACUGUGCUUGUUCCAGCGGAUUGCAUUUACGAUCUAUCACAUACACAGCUUUUUGUGAGAUUCAGGACAUCGAAUGGUCAAACGAGAGAAAAUGAUGAGAUCGUUCCUGCCAUUAACAAAUCAGUACAUCCGGACUACAGUAGUACUGCUCAGGACAAUAAUAUUGGACUACUCAUCUUGCCCGAAAGUUCACACCGUAACAAACAAUUCGUGUGUUUAUUCGAGUAUAACGAGCAAAUCGACGGCGAAAACUGUGUGCUGAUCAGCUGGGACGGUUCCACCGGCCAUGGUUCAAUGACGGAGCCAUACAAACAUCGAGUAACAUUACAAAGCGCUGAUCAAUGUCAACCGGGUUUUUUGUGUACAACUAGCAACGAGUGGUCAAGAAACUGCAUUAACUUUCAAGGUGCCCCAUUGAUGUGCCAAUCGUCAUCCAGCCACUGGAAGCAGGCGGGUCUAGUAAUGAAGCACAACGUUCGCUGUGACGCAACCGGCAUUCCUAAGUCUAUACUUGAAAUCAGUACGUUUUAUCCGUGGAUCAAAGAGCAGCUUUCACCCAGUUUCGUUCAGAAGCCACGCGAUCGUUUGCCGUUUAAUCAGUAUCUUCCUGCUUCGUGAGAUCAAAACUCAACAUUUCAUUAUGAACGGAACGAUGUUCUCUGGUUGAUCAAUCAUCGUGUUUUUUC